GGGUAGUGUGGUUUAUCUUAGUCUCAAGUUACAUGGACUCGCCGGGUGGGGGUGCUGGUGCAUGCCCAAGUUUUUGACCUUAUACUCUCAGUUUUUGUCUAGUAAUGUGUUAACUCUAUAGCGGCACAUUAUACUCUCUUGUUGGAUAGCAUGGUUUAUCUUAGUCUCAAGUUACAUGGACUCGCCGGGUGGGGGUGCAGGUUCAUGUUUUCAGUUAUCGGAACUGUAAUUGAAAUCCAAUGAGAUUGUGAGAAAUGUGGAGUUGCUAUAUUCUCAUCCAUGGAAAGACUAUAACCAAUUAUUUUCUAGCUAUCGGAACUGUACUUUCCAUUCUUUCAUCCUAUAGUAGUUUGAUUUUUGAGGAAGAAUAAACAUGUCUAGGAUAGAAUGCAUACUAUGAAACACCCUGUAAACUACUAGUACUAUGGCCUCAUUUAUGUGUGAUGAUACAGUUUUUCUUUCUGUUUUGCAUCGACUGCACUGAGAUUUAAGUUACUGUUCAUAGCGUUAUUAUCACUCGAUGAUUCUAUGGCAGUGUGUAAGAUUUUCAAUGGAAUAUGAAGUGGAGUACGAUGUUCUGGGAAGAGUUCCCGAGUGUGGUGCAAUCUUCAUGUCUAACGCUUCAACAAAAAGAGAAUGUUUUAGACGGAAACUUUUAGGUCUUCCCUCUGCUCAGGCAAACUUUGUAAAACAGAUUAAAGCAGGAAUGGUUUUGUUUCUGUUUGAAUAUGAGAGGAGGGAACUUUAUGGUGUGUUUCGAGCAUGCUCUGAUGGGUCAACAAAUAUAGUGCCCCAUGCAUUUACUUCGUUCGGGAAGCAGUUCCCUGCACAGGUUCGUUUUACCUCAAUUUGGUAUUGUGAUCCGCUUACUGAAUAUGAAUUUCAAGAUGCUAUCAAAGAGAAUUACUAUUCAAAGAAGAAGUUCAACUUUGGUCUGUCUGAAGAUCAGGUUCGUAGGCUUCUAUGCUUGUUUAGUUCAAGGAAAUUACAAAAACCACACAGACCAUUUCAGAGACAAGUCAGCAAAUCAAUGGGAAAAGAAAGGAGCAUAGCUGGUGAUGACUACUAUUUUCUGAGAAAUAGGGCAGAAAAGUUUGUUGAGGAUGAUAGUCUUGUCUUAGGCACUGAUGCAAAGUAUCCAGGGAACGCUUCAAGAAACAAUGGAAGAAAACUAAAUAGUAAUAUUAUUAAGAAUGAUGGGAUACAGAAUGAUCUUAAUGGGAGCUGCUGUCAAGGGUAUGAUAUCUUGACUGAGCCACCCAGUGUCUCUUUCGGUAACAGAAGAAAUGAUGAUGAUGACAAGUUUUUUAUGCAAAAUAGUAUGGCAUAUUAUCAUGACUUGGACCAAGGACGGGUCAUCCACAUUAAACACCCAGGAGACUCGGUUAACUCCGAGAGAGUAGCUGAAGAAAGAAAGUUUUCACUUACGAAACAUAAUAUGGGCAGCAAUUCUGGUCCCAUUGCCUCGCCCAAGUACUUUUGGGAAUCUUUGGCUAAAGUCGGAAGAGCCACUGAUAAUGGCAGAUUUUCUCAAGUGGGUAUCUUAGGAGACAAGUAUACUCCAAACCAUGUUUUUGGGUUAGUCACAUCAACGGGUCACCUUGAGAACUCUACAAUUCAAGCAAGAGCAUCUGAUGAUCGUGAAUUUUUUGCGAAUUGCGGAGUAGAAAAUGACUAUAACUUUGCAAAUUAUCCUGACCCAGCCAUCUCUGCUGAUCCCCCUCUAUCGGGUAGACUAAGAACAAGUGAUAAGGAAGUGUUCUUUGGGAAUGAUAGGAAUGAGAUUGGACAGUAUUCGGACUAUGGAAUGGGUGAAGUGAGAAAUGAAAGUAGUGAUGGCAAUUUUUUAAGGAGUAAUAGGGUGGAUGUUCCAAGUGAAAAUUUUGCAAACCGUCUGGACUGUGCAAGUAUAGCAAAUGAUCAUGACCGGUUUUUGGCAAGAUUGAGUAUGGAAAAUGGAAAUACUAUUUAUUUGAGAUAUCCCUUGGACAAAACAAAGCGAGUUUCUGAUGAAGGCAUCCUCAAAAAGACUGACGGAUUGGAUAAUGCGUACACUAUGCAAAAUUCUUUCCGACUUCCAAAUUUUCAAGCAUCAACCAGUGUAUGUCAGUCUAGACAAAGUACUGCGAUCUUUUCAAGGAAUUUGGAGACUAAGAAUUCAUUCUGUCAAGAUCAACCUAAGCUUCGGUCCGCAUUACCUCCUUCAAUGGAACAAAAAACCUUCGGUUUCUCUUGUCCAACAUAUCAUGAUGCAAUGGUUACAAGGACUGUUCCCUACGAUCCUGAGGUGGCCGGAAUUCAUUGUAGAAAUCUAUCGUCUUUUGCUGUUGAUUGCAAUUCUUGCUCAAUCCAAGAUAUGCCUUUGCAUCAGAAUUCUAAUGGGAAUCGUCUCACGGCUUCCUUCAUAGGGUCAUUGCCGUAUUUCUCUGAGGCAGAAGAUUUAAGCCGGCGUCAUGAUGUUGCCUCUGGUUUUGGAAAUAAACUUCCAUUGCCUACCUCUCCCAACUAUUACACUCAUUCUGGCUUGCGGACCAACAGUUCGUUGUUAAGUGCGGAAUGUCAUGGAAAGAUGGAAGCAAAAGCCGCUAGUCAAGAAGUCUACAAUGGUUCACUAUUCCCAGAGGCAACUUCAACUUCUCCACAUUAUUCAAGGAGCGAUAUGUAUGAGAGGCAAAACGGGAGCCCUUUCUCCGAGUUUGAUAACCAUGCCCUUACAUCGCAAGGUAGAUAUGAACAAAAAAGUCCACAGUAUGAGAAUAGUCAAGUAUUAAGAGUCGAUGAUGCUUCCUUUAACAAAAACAAAGGUUAUUUGCAUUCUUGUUCUUCCAAUGGAAAAUCUAAUAAUUGGGAUACCCAAUACUACUACCAAAAUGCCAAGGGCAAGCCCACUGAUUCUAAGAGCAAGAGAACAAGUGUAUUUGCUCGCUUGACUUCAGAAGUACAUGCACGAGAAAGUUCCGACGUUUCCUGCUCGGCAGAAGAAGAAAGCAAUUUUUACUUGCAAUAUGAUGAGUGCGAUAUGGGUGCAUCAGUGGAUCAGGUUAUGGACGAAAUAUUUGAGGGGAGAAAAUCUUCAUUAGUUAGAAAACGUGAUAUGUUGUGUGAUAGGUUGAAAAUGCCGACUUCGAAGAUGGAAGAUGACGUUGAGCAUGUCAUUGAAGUGAAUUGGAACGAAAUAGUUGAAGAGACACGAGUUGUGAGUUUUAAGCGCAGGAGUGAAACCAAGAAGAUAAAGGACAAUGCCUCGGAAAAAACUUCUGUUGACACUUCAGAGCAUGAGAGAGAAUGUUCUUUUCAGAAAUCGGGGAGAGAGGGAUCGGAGGGCACACAACAUAAGAGGAGAAAGUUGGUUAGGCCAGUUUUUGGUAGAAAACUACAAUUGAAUAAAGGUUUGAGCAGUGAUGGAAGUCCAAAUUUGCAGGUAUCAUCUUCUGGUCACAUUGAUGGUACUGGAAACUUGGAUGAUUCAGCUAAAAGCCGAGAUAAUGAGGAUUGUUCAUCUCCAAACAGUAUGUCAGUUCAGUUGACAUCUCUUAGUGGUUGUAAAGGUAAAAAUGCUUGCAUCAAACAAAGUUUAUACUAUGGAGGGAAAAAGUAUUUAUAUUACGACAGAAAAGAGUCAUUUGAUGGAGGCACUAAGAGAGCUAGCACUUCAAAUUUGCAAGUAUCGUCUCGUGAAGGUUUCAAUGCCAAAGAGAAUACAGGAUGCUGCAUUGGGUUGACUAGAAGCCAUGAAAGUGAUAACAUAUCAUCUCAAGAUGGUGGCUUGAUAUGUGUGACCAAUCCAACCAUUUGUUAAGCUGGUAAUACCAAUUCAGGCCCUGUUUCUGCUAAACUGCAAGUUGUAGACUACAAUUGUGUUUUGUCCGUAUUCAAAAAAAAAUUCAUGUUUUUUAGUUUUGCGCCAAACUUUUAUGUAUUAUUGCUUUGUCUCAACGAGAGGAAUCGGAAAAAUAAAAAAAUUAUGACUUUUACCUAUAUUUUUUAAGGAAAUAUCCAGGUUUUUUCUUAGAUAUUUCCACAAAUACUUGUGUAAAAGUCAUAAUUUUUACUUUUCCGAUUCCUCUCAUAGAGACAAAUCAAUAAUAUAAAUAAAAGUUUUGGGCAAAACUAACAAACGCGAUUUUUUUUUUGAAUGAGAACCAAACAAAAAAGUUGUAGUUUACAACUUAUAGUUUAGCGAAAACAAGGCCUCAGACUGUAGAGAAAGAAAUGUUGUAACUUGUGGGGUAUCAGGAGAAGUGAUGGGGGCAAAAAUGGGAGAAUAGUUGUACCUGAAAGUGGAAUAGAAGACCUAACUGCUUGAAGGAUGGGAGCUGCGUAAUACACACACUUUCUCCGUACACAGACCAUAUGCAUAAGUAUGGCUGUACUCUGGAAGAAUUUUUGUCUGGUAUUGGAGUGUAUUUAGAAGCUCCCAUGGUGGUGGUCAAUUGAAUCCUGAGGGAAAGAAAAUUUUGUGCGCUCUCUUUCCAAGCAUGCGGUGAAGAAUAGAAAUGGUAGGAACUUGAUUCCGACCUUAUGAGUUUUCAAGUUUGCUGAAAAUUCUCUGCUGAAGAGAGGGCUUUGUGGUCCUUUCUGUGAACAAAUACUAUUUGUAAUGGGUACUCACUAUACGUACUUUCUAGUUUUUGUAAUUAUUCAGGUUGUUAAUUUGAUUUCACCUUUUGUCGGAAAUGGGAAAGGAAUUCUAAACUC